AUGCAGUCUGUGUCCACAGCCGCGCCCUCGCCCCGUUCCGUGACCACGGCGGGCUGCCACCCACCAUCGAGCCCGGCGCCGUCCCACAUCUCCGCGGACGCGCCCCACCCGCAGAGCCACAGCUCGCCGCAGUGCUGCCACUGCGGCUGGCGCGGCGCGCACGCGCCGACGUGUCCGUUCAAGUGA